AUCUGUUGCUGCAACUCUCUCUGGCAUGUUCGAUCAUUGCCGGAUGUUCCACGCAGAAUCGGCGUUCUGAUAUGUGUCCUACAUGCUGCUAUUACAAGAGACAAGUGUACGCGCAUGGUGCGGUGUUCCAAGACGAAUGCAAUACUUGCUGGUGCUACAAUGGGUCCGUAACGUGUACGAAAAUUGCAUGCGCCGCUUCUUGGACCAUUGAAGUCACGUUACACGUCUUUUCCGGCAAACCCGAUCCCGAAUACGUCAUACCGCGUAAUACGAAAUCAUAUGACGUCAUAUUGAAGGCUAUAGGCGACACCUCGACACCUUUGGGAGAGCGGCUGGGCUACAAUGGAUUUACAGUUACACUGAUACGCGGGGAUUCAGAGGCGUCCCGAUGGACGGUCGGCUGGUGUACAAGACCGGUAGUAGAGCUGCGCAUCUUGGCUGCCGUGUCCGCAAUGACGCCACGUGGUCACCAACAUCCGCUGCAAGCCGGAGUGAUUGACUACGUCAAAGAAAGCAUUUUGUCGUGUAAGGGUUAACAUAAUUAUUAUCGUUGUAACCGAUUAUCAUGUCGUAACAUUUAAAAUAAAAUUAUGACUGUAACCAAGCAAUUACGUCAUGUAAAGUUUAACAUAA